AUGAACUUUCUGGAAGUAUUCCCCUGGAGCUUGUCAUCCGUAAAUUCUUUAGGUGUUCUUAACCUCUCAAACAAUAACUUCUCAGGGAAAAUACCCGUUGGGAAUGGGGGUAAACUACAACAAUUCGAUUCUUCCUCCUACAGCGGUAACCCUCUACUCUACGGACCUCCACUUACGCAAGAAGGCAGGGUUGUACCUCGUCCGCCUGUCGAUGGAAAGGAAGAUGACGACGAAGAUGAAGAAGAAAGUCAAGUUUGGAAGUCGUAUUACAUGGGCAUGGGUGUUGGAUUUGGUGUUGGAUUUUGGGGAAUUUGCAGUGCUAUAUUUCUCAUUCGUGGAUGCAGACAUUUCUUGUUUGCAUCAUUGAGUCACGUCAAGGAUUGGAUAUACGUAACAACGGCUGUGUAUCUUCGGAAAUUCAAAAGGGGUUCACAUUGGUUGCGGCAAGCAUGGGAGGUUUCCCACACUGCGGAGUGACAACGUCGCAAACGGUGUGGGGUUGGCAUAAGAUCCAAAGUGAGGAAAGUUUACCACGAUUUUAAAAGUGGAAAAUCGCUUCACCUUUUGUCUUUUUAUGGGUUGUUUUCUGUAUAUUCGUUGAAUUGUUUAUAUAUGAGGUAUAAUGUGGUGUUAUGUAUAGGUGAAAGAUGGGUUACCAACAUAGUAGUGGAAUGUGGUAUGAGUGAGGUAAAGAUGAGGUGCUGGAAAGAAAUUGGUUGAGAGUGAGAGAUGAGAAAAAUGAAAGGUCCAAUGGUAGCCCCUUAGUUAACAACGUGUGACAUUCAUAUGCAAUUUAAUAGGGUUGUUUUAUUAUGAAUUGUUUUUAUUAUUUUGUUUGCA